UGAACAUUCAUUGCGAUUACUUCCUCCCUCGAGUGGCUCUAACCGAAACGAGGGGAGACUUCUUCAAACGAAACUGCUGAUUGUGUCCGGUAUUCGUGCACUCUUGUCCAGCACUCAGCUGAUAUGCAGGUCCUGGUGAUCCUGUUUCCGCUAGUGGCGGUCCUAGCAUCAGCGCGACCCCAGCAGAGUUCAGGCUACGACUACAGCGCUCCUCAAGCUGGAGGAGUCACCGAUGUUUUUGAAAGCCAACGUCAACCUGCAACCUCAACGAGACAGCGACCCAACGCUUUCCAGCAACAACGACCAUCUCUCGAAAUUGGCUUCCAGCCAGGGCUUGCUUCAGGCUUGGGAUCGCAAGAAUUUGUUCGUAAUCCGGGAACGACUUUUGAUUCGAGCGCUGAAUCGCAGAUUGGGUUGAGGAAGCCGGGGCCAGGAGGCAGUUUCGUACCAGAUCUCCCAGGACGUGGUCAACCACAGCAAGCGAUCUCUGGCUCUACAGGACCAUUUGAAAACGUAAAUGUGGUGCCUAACCAAUUUCAAGUCGGUCUGUCAAGUGGAGAAAUCGGUUUCGGAAGCAGAGAGUUCACCCAAGCCAACGUGAGAGGUCAAUCGGGAGUUGGAUUAUCUUCAAGAGAAAGGAUCACUCCCACUCAGGGAUUGUCCUCUGGAUCGUUUACGGGCACUCAGUCUCUGCAGACACCCGCUGAACAAGUCCGUGGUUUUUCAAAUCAACAACAGAGACGUCCUGGGUCACAAGAAGUAUUUAUAGGACAACAACAACGUGGUCAAUUUGACGUUGGAACUGGGCUCACCAGCCAGCCAGGACAAGCCGGGGCAUCUCAAACAGUCGGCUUCGACGGACCAAUUCAACAACCCGGGCAAGCCUCGGCACUAACCGGGAUUGCUGGCCCUGUUCAAGAUCAGUUCGGAAGGCAAACACCUGGAGUUUUCCAGCAAGGAGGUCAUAACCAGCAAGUUGCCGGAGUCCGAGGUGGGCAACCUGACAUCGAGACGCAUGCACAGUACAAUUUCAAAUGGGACGUCAACGACCCUGAAUCUGGAAACUUCUACGGGCACCAAGAGGAGCGCGACGGAGCGUUAACUCGGGGCAGAUACUACGUUACGUUACCGGACACGAGGGUUAUGACGGUCGACUACUAUGCCGAUGAAACUGGGUAUCAUCCCACCAUUACCUUUGAAGGAGAAGCUCAACAAUUCAUCCCUACACGGCAAGCAGCAACUCAAGUUCAAGGAAUUAAUGCUGGAGGUCCCAUCUCUACUGGAUCAAGAAGACCAAGCCCAGCACAAGCGUCACAAGAAGUUGGAUUGCACGGUUCGUCUUUGGAAUUGCCGGGAUCAGUUCAGGGUGUAGGGAUACCGGCUGCAGGAUCUGUUUCGGGGCAGACUUUUGGAAACCGACGUCAGGAGGGUCAGGAACUCGGAGUACAGCCUCAGCAGGGCCAGACUUUCGUUGGCCAGCCUCAGCAGGCCCAAUUGUUUGGAGGACAGCCUCAGCAGGGCCAGAAUUUCAUUGGCCAACCUCAGCAGGCCCAAUUGUUAGGAGGACAGCCUCAGCAAGGCCAACCUAUUGGAGGCCUGCCUCAGCAGGCCCAAUUGUUUGGAGGACAGCCUCAGCAGGGCCAAUUGUUUGGAGGACAGCCUCAGCAGGGCCAAUUGUUUGGAGGACAGCCUCAACAGGGCCAGACUAUUGGAGGCCAGCCUCAGGAGGCCCAAUUGUUUGGAGGACAGCCUCAGCAAGGCCAAGCUUUCAGAGGUCAAAUAGAGCAGGGCCAGACGUUUGGUGGCCAGCCUCAGCAGGGUCAGACUUUUGGAAGACAGCCCCAACAGGGACUAACUAUCCCGGUUCAGCAACCACAAAUUCCGUUAACUCAGACUUCAUCCGCCCCGUCAUUUGGCUCUGAACAGCAGCUAGGAGCCUUACCGGGAUCGCGAAUUCCUGGGUUCAAUUCAGCCGAACGGGUUCAACAGGUCGGAUUUCCAGGACUCCAAAUAGCACAGAGAGGUCAAGCUCCAGCAAUUCAGCAGCAAACCCGAUUAUAUCAAACCCCGCUGCAAGGAACACCUCAAGAAGGAGCCCAACAGAGCGUAGGAGUCGGUGCUCCUCGUGAGACUUUCCAAGCGCCUGCACCAACAGCGACAAUUGGUCAAAAUCUACGAGCGUCUGGAGAGUUUUUGGGCUCUCAAGAGCGGGGGUUCAUCCAACAACCUGGGCAAGGACUCGGCCAAAAUCCCGUGCAAGGAAUCGGUCAACAACCUGGACAGGGAUUCAUUGAGCAACCUGGACAGGGAUUCAUUGAGCAACCUGGACAAGGAUUCACCCAACAACCUGGACAAGGACUCGGUCAACAAACUAAUCAAGGCUUCGGACAACAACCUAAUCAAGGCUUCGGACAACAACCUAAUCAAGGCAUCGGACAACUACCAAGUCAAGGAUCAGGCGAGCAGCAAAACCAGAUUUUCCCGAACCAAGGAUUUAUUUCGUCUUCUGAACAGUCAGGAUUGAAAGGUUUUGUUCCUCAGAGUCCCGUAACCAGAAUUCCUUCUCAGACUCCUCAGCGUCCUGUCAUUCAGCGACCAACUCAGUUAUACGGCACGCCGCAGGCAUGAUCUAUCAAUAUUUGCUUGGCAAAUAUUAAUCAUAAGAAUUCCCGAUAAAACUAUCCGAAAUAACUUGUUGAAGGCAUCAAGGUUUGGCCUCCGAAGAAUCCCGGUAUAAAAUUUAUGUUCGAAAUUCUACGCAUACUUCCAGGCCUAUUUUAUUAAUAUAGGCAGGUUACCCAUUAAUGCCCAAUUGAUUUCUCUUCGACGAAACAAUGGUUUUGGAGUGAAAUGCAUCAGAGACUCGCUUCAAGUAAAUUUCUUUGGAUGACUGAUUCAACGAACGAAUGAAUUUCGAGGCACUACGAGACGACCGUCGAAUAAUGGUUAACAUUGCGAAUUGAUAUAAGUUUUUAUUUUAACUCGCUUCUGAAUCUUAGCCAUGAAACAGAAUUUAUAUUUUUAUAUCGUGCAGAAUUAGGUUAAAAUUAAAAUAAAAUUUUAUAUCCUAAAAGAUUUGAAUAAAUUUUCAAACCAAUCCAAAACGUAAUCUGGACAGGUAUGGAAAGUACGAAUGUUUUAUCAACAGAGAAUCAAUAAUUGUAAGUUGUGAUUUUAAUAUGAUCUCCACGAUAUAUUCGUGACUAGUAUACAUAGCACGACAGAAUUAUGAGAGUAAAUCACUAACAAUAUAAUGAUUCCAAGUACACGGUGUUAAUAUCCGAUUUUAUUUUUGAUAUUAACUGGAAAUUAAAUUACUUUUUAGCAAAAGAAUGACAUAAAAGUUUGUGGCAAUCACAAUUUUCGAAAUUUUUUUCGAAUUCUAUGUGGAACACGUGUGAUGAUUAAUUACGGAAAGAAUUUAUUACACAUAAGCGCAAUGUUUAUUAGUAAAAUCAUUUACUAUAUAA